AUGACAUUAUCUGUAUCCAGACUACCCCCAUGUCUUUUAGAUCGGGACGCACACAUCCUCGGUUGUCACUUAGAAGGGAAUGCACCUGCUGGUACCAUAUCUCAAAGCGGGCUUGUCGUCAUAUGGAAUUGCACACUGCCCCUUCCCGAUGUCCUGCUUCUUGAGCCCCACAUUCUGUCUCAGUUUCUUCUGACUCGCCCCGAUUCGUGGCAUGUCCAGCAUAGCAUCGUCGAGGCACUUCUCGAUCGUGUAAAUCUAUCUUCAGCCAUCGGUAAUGAAUCCCAGCGCGGGAAGGAGUCCUUUGUGUCCGAAGAAGCCAACGACGAUUUCCACUUCCACUUUUCAUCCUUCCCUUCCGUAAACACUGGAUCCACAGAUCACUCUAUACUCGAUCUCAUAAUUCUCAUCCUCGAACAAGCCCGAAAGUUAAACAUGUAG